AUGCUUGAUUUUAUGGACUAUAUCCAGCUCGCCUUCUCGGACGCCUCGGGAUGGAACCGCGAUAACUCGUACUCUACCCUUACGGACACCGCAAAAGCUCUUCUUGACUUCUCAACCCCUGAACGACUUCGCGUUCACCUCUCGUCCCUCUCUACUCCCCAGUUUGCGACAGCCUACACCCUCGGAACGGUUGGCCUCAUCGAUGGCUCAGUCUCAUGCCUAUUCAGUACCAUACCUUUGGACAAGACAGUCAGCCGAAGCGCCUUGAUAUCCCUACGGAGCCUUGUACCGGGCUACAGACAGAUAUACCCUCCUGCUGUCCCGCUAGACCCUGGCUUGGAAUGGACCUUUGGCGGGAGCAACAGCCUUGGAGACGCAGGGGUAUCAGAGAGGAAGAGAAAAGCCACCCUUCUUCAUGCGACAUUACAUCUACCUCCUCCAACAACUCUAACGGCUCUUUUCCUGCACCGCCCUUCACCCACAACCAAGCUUUCUGUCGCCUUGUGGUCUAGUCAGGCUAUCAAUACAUCGAAAUCCGCGCCUCCACAGGCAUCCUUGCUCACCCAAUUAUUCCAUGAUACCGGCAAAUACAGCACUGAAUUUCUAUUCAGUACAGACAAUACCUUGUUUGGGUUCCGAGGACUAUGGAACUUUGGUCCUGAUCCAAGAGAGUUGUCCAGUGGUCGUAGCGACGCUCCGAACAACGGUCAAUGUAAAAAGCCGCCUUGCUUGCAAUCUGUAGCACUCCUCUCUGCUGGCGGAGAGGCUUAUUAUUCACCAACUUCUAGCGUCAUCGGCCUCUCGACCGGUAUGCGCUUCACCACAUUACCUGCUGCUUAUGACAUACGGACUGGGCCGAAUUCUUUACCCGCGACAGGCAGCCAGAUCCCUUCUCCGAUCUCAACAUUCCCCUACACACUAACUCUAACAUUAACUCCACUAACGGGCUCCUUAUCAACUACUUACUCUCUUCUGGCUUCUCCGAACCUAGCUUUGAGUUCCCGCUUUGGAUUCAAUGUGUAUAGCUGGGAAAGUGAAAUGGUUGCCGGAUGCGAACUAUGGCAGAAUAGGAGGAAGAUAAAUAUGAAUCACUACAACCCCGACGGAAGCAUUGACGACCUCGCUUGGGCGAAACGAAAGUUGGGCCUUCUACCCCAUUUAGAGCCCACAGAUCCAUCCUCGUCAUCUUCGGUAUUCUCUUCAACUUCAGAAUCAGUCAUCAAACUCCGCGUUGAUCAGUCUUUAAAAGUACGAUUGCUCUGGGAAGGCCGUAUAAAGGACCUGCUAGUCAGUGCUGGAGUUGCGCUGGGCCCAACCACGCCACAUGUAUCGUCGAUGUCAUGCUCGGGUGGAUCUUUAUCUAAAAGCUACGGAUGGACCGGUGUGGGCGUGUCCGUAUUAUACUCAUCAUGA